GGCAGUAGAGUGGGUGAAGUAAGUGAGGGUGUGACAAGUUUAAUCUGUUUGGACCUGCGUGGGGAUUAUUCGGUCAGUUUUGACUCUGCUGGUAUGAAUGGAGUAACGGUAACUGCACCUGAGUGCAAUGUGGCAUUCCUCCAGAUCCCCCUGCAGCUAAAAAACAGGUCAAUGUGAUUCAAGCCUGGACACCUCCCAUCAGUCAAAGGCACAUGGAAACUUUUAAAAGAUUUUAGCUAGCAUUAUUUUACCCUUUGACUCAUUUGCACGAGUUAAUACGUUGAGUUCGUUUUUAAAAAAAUGAUCAAAAGUGAGCCGAAGAACGACCGGGUGCUGAGGAGCGCCUCUCCUCACAGAAAUGCAUACAAAUCAGACUUCCACUCUAUUAAAUGCUCCUUUGAGGGCCCAUCUGUCCUUUAUCCCAAUGGAAGCAGUGAGACGCGAGGCAGACCCUCAGGGAGCCGGGUAAAUGAAAUCAAAAGCAUCUUUCUUCAAAUGGAUGGCCAACAGCCACAAGACAGCGCAAUGCUUACCAAACCAGGACAGGCUAAGUUUCAACGAGGAUCGACUUCACACAGAUCUAGCAUGAGUAGCACCUCCAGCAUGGAUUCUGCUACUUCAGAAGUGAUGAGAAAGGUGGAGAACAUCUCAUUUGACAAAGUUGCUUUGGCUGAGAAAUUCUCAGUGACUAGAAAGCUGUUUGAAAGUGGCCUAAAAGACCAUUCUCCAACUGAGCGGCCCACAACUGUUCGAUUCAUUAGAUCUUCUGUACAUAGUGUUUCAGAGGAGAAAAAGCUGUCUGACCAAACUCAGAAACCAAAAGAAGACAAACAUACAUCAAGGGCUGGGGGUGAGACACCACCACACAAAUCUGGCAUGAUUAUGAAUGCAGGACCCAUAUCUAGAAGGCUGGAGAGCUUCAUGUUAGACAGUGACAGCGAGUCCUUGUCCGGUCCAUCCGUUAAUUCACAGAGUCCGAGUCGUCAUUCCCAGUCACCAUGUUCUCCAACCAGUGAUCAUUCAGAUCUGUCACUUUCCCCAGAUAGUGUCGGUUCUCCUACAUCAUACUCGCUGUGGCCCGAGAGCCCCUCAAGCCAGGCCAACACAUCUGUCCAGUCAAUCUGUUUAGCUAAAGAAUAUAAGCCUCAAUAUUCAAUCAGUCCUGCAGAUGAAGUCUGUAUAGAGUCAAGCCCUCAGUGGUGUAGCCCUAACACCAAUGAAACUUCAGUGUCUAUUGUUGCAACAGAGCCAACCAUUCUUUUCAAAAGUGAAAAACGCCAUCGUUUGUCUCAGGGUAGUGGUUCGGUCAGUUCUCCUGAAGAUGACAUCAAACAUUUGGAGCGAGUUGUUUCCAAAGUGAACCAGGGCAAAGAGGAGCCUACAGUCAGAGCUGAGUUGGUGGUUGCUAAGAAUGAAUCAUCAGAAAGUGAGGGCAAUGAGGAGGACUGUGUUGUGGAUGACGUUUUUGAGGAUGUCAAGCCAGAGCAAGCUGUCCAUGGUCACCAUUUGGCAAAAGAAGUAUUUGAAAGCCAUGAGGUCCAAAUGACCGUCCAUGACGGUAAAUCUAAAAAAGACUUUAUAAUGGAAACAGAGAAAAUGGAUGUGGAUGCCAAAAUGGCUAUGGGAGCUAAAACUGAGAAGAGUUCAGCUGAGACGUAUCGCAUGUGCAAAGAUGACAAAGAAACAGAAGAAAAGUUAAAUGGUAGCGAGGAUAUCCCAAUCCUGUUUAAUGAAAGUAAGUCAGGGAGGGACUUCAGACUAAGGGAGGAGGAAGCAGCAAAGGGGAUGGUUCCCACAAUGGACUCAGGAAACAAGGAUAGAGAAGACGGUCUGAAAGAAGAGGAGGAGAAAGAAGUUGAAGAAAAAGAUGAGCAAGUGCAUAAGGAACCAAGCCAGCAGUUUAAAAUAAAAGAUUAUGAACUGAAUGUAAUAGAGGAAAAGGCUGAAAGUGGAAGAAUUAUGCAGGAUCAUUUGAUUGAAAAGGGUGACACUGAGAAAGAUGUUGAAGAAGCCUUUGAAGCUUUAGAGUAUGAAGAUGAUUACCAGGAUGUUGAAGAGUUGACCGAGGAAGAGCAGCAACGGCAAGUCGACGAGGACCCUGGGAAAAGAUCUUUGGUAUGUGGAAUUGAAAAUGCUGCUUUUGUGGAUGACCGAGACAGUAAAUCUGACUCAGACAACCAGGAAAAGGAAGAGCAUAGUGGAGCAGAGCAGGACCAUUUCCAAAAAUAUGAUGAGCUUCCAGGCCUUUCUGAUGAAGAAGAAGACCCCAACCCAAAGAGGAAGAUUAGAUUCUCGACUGCACCUAUUAAGGUGUACUCUACAUACUCUAAUGAUGAGUACGAUCGCAGUAACGAUGAGGUGGACCCUGUUUCGGCUUCAGCCGAAUAUGAACUGGAGAAGAGGGUGGAAAAGAUGGAUGUUUUCCCUGUGGAAAUUCAGAAAGGAGAUGAUGUUCUGGGAAUUAGUAUUAUAGGAAUGGGCGUUGGCGCCGACCAAGGCCUGGAGAAACUUGGUAUUUUUGUCAAAACCAUCACAGACAAUGGAGCAGCUCAACGUGAUGACCGUAUUCAAGUAAACGAUCAGAUAGUGGAGGUAGACGGAAUCAGUUUGGUCGGAGUCACCCAACUGUUUGCUGCUACAGUACUGAAGAACACCAGAGGACUCGUCCAGUUCCUUAUUGGUCGGGAAAAGCCUGGGGUGGAUAGUGAAGUAGCUCGACUAAUCAGUGAGACUUUGGCGCAAGAGAAGGGUUCUCUCAAACAGAACCAACAAGAUGGUCACACAACCCUAAACCUAAAACAAGAGGAGGGAGAGGAAAUCCUUCAGACUGAAGAAGCUCAUCCUAAAAAACAAAUAUCCCCAAUCCAGAAUCACCAUCAGGAGCUACUGUCAGGAGGAACAAACAGCAAAAGCACUAUGCAAAAGGAUAGAGGAACUCUAAUGGAAGGGAGAGUGCUAGAGAACGAAGAGAACACAAGCUUCGACUUAACACAUGAAGUGUUUGCACAGUUGAAAAAUCAAGGAUUCGAUCUUCCACAAGACACGACUCGCAGCAUGCUGGACCAAAGUUUUAGAGAGCUCCAAAUAAAGCACAGUGCAACUCUAGCAGAGCUACAACUGAUGAAAGAAAAGCUGCGAGUUUGCGAGGCAGAUCGUUCAGCCUGGGAGACUCGAGGUGCAGCUCUGGAGGAAAGUGUCAAUGAGAGCAGAGAGCGAGUAGAGAAGCUGGAAAAAAACUGGCUUGAAGCUCAAUCUCUUUGUAAAAUCAUCAACCAGAGACUGAAUGAAGCUCAGAGUCAACAUGAGUCCCUGCAGGUUAAAUAUGACAAUGCUAAUGUGCUCCUGCAAGAACACAGGCAACGAGAGGCUGAGUUUCUAAAGAGAGAGGAGGAUUUAAAGAGACGUCUGAACGAGAGAGAAAGGGAUAAUAAGAAGAAACUGAAAAAGCUUUAUGAACAGAUCAGACUUUUGGAAAGCCGUGUGAAUUCAGAUCAGCUAGAGGAGUCAUGCAGUCUUGCAGCAGACAGCCAGCCAAGCAGCCCUGCUUCAGAAUCCUCAGAUAGGAACGAAGCCUCAGAUGAUCUUCAUGAUGAAGACCUGGGUGAGGCAGUACCACGGACCGAUCGUCUAGACUGCAGUGCUUACAGAGCCAAAGCUAGGUUGACCCAGGGAGUUCAGCGCAAGAGACCUUCCCGAAACAAACUGAGAGAGUCUGCUAAAAGCUCACACUCUUCUGUUCAACAACAGCGAGAAGAUGGUGAGAGUAAUGAAACUGACACUAACCAGAGACAGUCCUACCUAGAGAGUUUCUCCAUACCUGUACCCACUCAACACUUUGGCUAUGAGCAGCGCAUAAGACCUGGAGGAGCAGAUGAUCUGUCCAGCUCUCCCUCUCUUCAGGGUCUUGCACCUCACGAUGAAGGCAGCACCAGGUCGAGCCUAUCACCUCCUAAAAAUUCAUCCACUCCUCACUCUCCCACAUCCAGCCAGUCCUCCUCUGGCCUGCUGCACAAUCUGCGCAACAGGAGGCACAAGAAAAAAGAAGGCAGCCAGAGCAGGCAGAAGAAAGAUGAGGAAAGUGACAGUUCAGCAACAAGAACAUCUAAAAGAAGAUUUCCAGAUUUUGGGGGGCUUCGUAAGUCCGGUCGAAAGUGCCGACAGCAAGAGAAGGAAACACAGCGAGGCUCUGUAGGGAGCAGAGACCUGCUGGAUGAGUCUAGUGGAAACGUCUCUCCUGCUGAUUCAGUCUCCUCUAUCCCAUCCUGCAUGCCUUUCUCCUGGUUUGGAGACAGAGAGAGAUCCAGAGAAAGAGAGCGAGAGAGGGGGCAGUCAUUAUCUAGCUACAGCCUUCCACACAGUCCAACAGAGGGGGACUCCCAGGAUAGAAGAAAUAAGUUCUUAUCUAUGUCAGAUGAGUUUAAUGCCAGCAGCCCUCGUUCCGCCCUGGCAUCUUUAUUGAGGGAACCUCAUGCUCGAGGAUGCUCCCACAAGACCAUUUUCUCCUCCCAUGAGACCCUCAACAACGAGUCUUCUCCUGUCCCAAAGCAGCACUUGUGGCAGAAUCGUCCACUUUCAGAGUGGACCAAUCAACAGGUGUGUCACUGGUUAAUGGGCAUGAACAUGGAACAGUACAUAGUGGAGUUUACAGCAAAAGGCAUUGAUGGCAAAAGGCUAAUAGAUUUGGACAGCAGUAAACUUAAGGAGCUGGGCGUGUCGAGCCACCGAGAUCGUUCCACCAUUAAGAGAAAGCUAAAAGAUAUGAAGAAGACCCAAGAAAAGCUGGAAAAACAGCAAGUGAAGAAGGAGAAGGAGCUUGGACAGAGUGGUGGGAAGCCCAGUAAACUGGAAUCUGCUUGCUAAAUCAGGUACCAGUCUAAAGACACAUAUUGGUCUGGGAAACAACACGGACGACUCCAUCAGGACUCCAGUGUGUCUGCACGAAAUGGACGUGAUAGGAGGAUAAAAUGCUUAAGUCAGACUUCAUGAAAUACUGACCAAGUGUCGAAUAGUAGAGAUUGUUUUUAAUAUGCUCUUUUAUAGUUUUAUACAUUUGGACAUUAGGACCCCAAUCUAUUCUGCUGCUGUUUAGAAUCAUUAAUGGUGUAAAUAAAAGGUUUUAGUUCACACUGUCAAUACAAGGUUUACAUUUUGUAAUCAAACUAACACUAGCAUUUACGUUGGAGCUACAACAGAGGGCAGCAUUGCAAAUAAAAUGAACUGUAAUGAUUUAUGCUUCGCUAGGCAAAGGUGCUUUAGAGAGCUUAUUAAACUGAUCUUCUGAAAGCCUGGACUGUUCUUAAGAGGCUUUGAGCUGUUUAUUUAACAGGAGUGCAGCUAGUGAUGUUACACGCAUUGUCUUUUCAAGCAAAACGGAAACAUGCUUCAACACAGACAGAGAUUCUAACUUAGUCACACCGCAGUUGUUUCAAUAUUCAGUUGGCCAAAUAACUAGCACACUCAAACACCAUUAAAUAAAAGUAAAGCUCUUAUUGGACCAAAUAGUUUGGAUAUUCACCUGUGCAAGUGCAGAAACACACAAAAGAAACACACUACUGCCUUAGAUAAAAAAAAUAAGUAUGUCAACAAUGAUCUUGUUCCUAUGUUGACAAGGUAUUAUAUAUAGAAUAGGGUUUAAUUUAUAGCCUCAGGUUUUAAGACAACUGGAGAAGCAGGCUUAUGGACCACACUUCCACUGUAUUUUUUUCCUCUUGUUACUAUGCAUUUCUGCAGGCUGCAAGACCAGAUUUUAAUUUAGUAAACUGUGCUUCCACCAGACAUGAUUGUUUCAGAUUCUAUACAGUGCACAUUUAACAAAAUGAAACAGAUCGAAAGUGACUUUAAUACUUAGUAAAACACUAUGCACUCUGUUCAAGCUAGCCAAUCUUAAAACCAGCAAAUUACUAUCAGAUAAUAGUAGCAUCACUUCUUCUAAAGACACUACUGAAAGAAAUCUGAUAAUUGACUGACACACUGGCUCAGAAUUGUUCAAUUAUUAGACUGUGGUACAUGUGAACAUCUUUAUUGUGUAACUUUUUUUAGUGCUGAACAAAAUGUUUGAACUGCCUCAAUCCAAAGCCAGUAUUUAAUUGUUGAAUACUUGUUUCAAAAUAGUUGAAUAAGUCUUUCAAGCACUUCUUUACAACCAUUUCUGAGCUGGAAUGCACAGUAUUUUUUGGUUCAUCUUUGAAUCUAAGAUCUUAUAUGUGGCGCUUAUAACCAUUAAGAGGAAUGUAAUCAGAUCAGAAAUUAGAUUUAAUAUUUUCAGAUGCUUUGUCAAUCCUAGUGCACUGUGCACUUUAGCAUAGCAAAUCACAUGCCUGUUUAUUUUUUACUUUAAAGGAACAGUUGAGGGGGGCAUAAUUUAUUUCCAUUGCAAAUGUAGUAGAGAUGUGUUAAGUAUUUUUCUCUCUUUAGUCUAUGCCACUUAAUUGAAAGCACUGGAUGUUUUAUAACAAAUAAUAGAAUGUUUUUUGUAACAAAAUUGUUAGCAUUGUUUGCCUUAUAGAUUUAGUGCAGAACUGAAAAAAUGCUACCACCAAACAUGUUCUGCCUCCUUAACUACAUUUGCUGUGAGAAAAUUAUAUGCAUUUAUUUUUCUGGGGUUCUGUUUCCCAGUUGUUCUUUUAAACAUAUCUGUAGCAGUUAAUGUCUGUGUGAAGCACACAUGUUAUCUAAGUAUUUUAAUACGUACACUGAGUUUCUCUUAAGUGUGCACUUUUAAGUGUGCAUCUCAGUUUCACUACUGUAUAUGGAUUUUUUUUAUUAACAUUUUAAAAAUAUAUAUUUGUACAUAAUAUUUCCACAAAGCACUGCUGUAAAUGGAAUUGUGAUGUCAUUUUUGUUGCAAAUGGUUUUACAUGUCUAAUA